AUGUCGUUUGGAGCUAAGGCUGCUGAACGUUUAGCCAACAAGGUUAUUUUAAUCACUGGUGCCUCGUCAGGCAUUGGGUCGGCAACUGCUAGAGAAUUAGCUGCCGCUGCAAAUGGUAACCUUAAACUUAUCUUGACUGCUAGAAGGGAGGACAGGUUAAAAAAAUUAUCCAGUCUGUUAAUGAACGAUUUCCCAUCACUUAAAAUACACUCUGCUAAACUAGAUGUUUCCGUUACCAAUUCAAUCAAGCCAUUUAUCAGUGGCCUACCAGGAGAGUUUUCAGAUAUUGAUGUUUUAAUCAAUAAUGCAGGUAAAGCAUUAGGAAAGGAUGAAAUCGGUGAGAUAAAGGAAGAAGAUAUUCAGGGGAUGUUUCAGACUAAUGUUUUAGGGUUGAUUGGAUUGACACAAGCUGUCAUUCCUUUAUUCAAGAAAAAGAAUAGCGGAGAUAUUGUGAAUAUCGGUUCGGUAGCUGGGAGAGAAACCUACCCUGGAGGCGGUGUCUAUUGUGCGACCAAAGCUAGUGUCAAGUACUUUUCUCAAGUGUUAAGAAAGGAAUUAAUAAACACCAAAAUUAGAGUUCUUGAAGUUGAUCCAGGUGCUGUAAACACUGAAUUUUCUUUAGUUAGAUUUUAUGGUGACAAAGCUAAAGCUGAUGAAGUAUACGAAGGGGUUGAACCCCUUUUAGGCGAAGAUAUCGCUGAAGUUAUUGUCUUCGGUCUUACUAGAAAGCAAAAGACAGUUAUUGCUGAGACUUUAGUUUUCCCGACUUACCAAGCAGGAUCAGCUAACAUUCAUAAAGGCCCUCUUGAAUAA